UAAAUUUUGGGAAAAAAAUGUCAAAAAAAUACAAAAAGACUUCGGUGGUAUUGACAACCACCUUAAUAACUCGCAUAGCAACGAAGACUAUUUACGAAGAAUAUUAACUACUGCGGCCAAAAUAAACAAAGCUAACCACAAAUACCGUAAAAAACUUAGUUUGUAAUUUACUUUUGCAAUGAAUGCAACCAGCAGGACCGGCUUGGUGCCGGCUAAAAAGAAAAAUCUUAUGGCAAAAGAAAAGCGAAAGCGGCCAAUUGAUGAGUUACCACUAAAAUUCGAAGCCGUACCCGUUGCUCUAUCAUUACGACCUUUCGGUGGACUGUUCAAUCCUUUCUCUAAAGGCUGUUCGGUGCUAUGCAAUCACCCGGCACCGACAGAUUUGAAGAAUAUAAUAACUCAACUGAAAACUUCCCUGACAGUGGAUGGCAAAAGUGUGGCACUACAGAAGGAUAAAAACGAUGUGCUACCACUUCAUGAACACGAUAAUAUACCUGAAGAUCUAUUUCGACGCUACACCGACACCGAUUCCCGACCGCUAACACCAACACCAACCGUUACCAGCGUACACACGCGGAACAGCACAAAUUCAUUUGUAAACAAUCGACGCUGCAUAACACCUGAAUUGGGUAAAAACGAAAUAAUUAAGAGGAAGAAAAUUAUUUUAGAUCUAAGGCGAACACAUUCUCAGGAGACACUUUAUUGGAAACCCUCCUCGGAUAUGUCGCAAAGUGUCACUGAUCCUGGUGGUCUCAAGCCGAAAAGUGCUGGCGCGAAUGAGGAACGAAAGAAUAAACAUUUGCGCAGUGAUGAACAACGGCCCAAUACCUCAUUGGGUAAUGUACCGGUUGGUGAUGGUGUUAAAGAACUAGAGGGUGUUGAAAUAAAGAAAGUGCAAACUUGCAUUAACGAGCAGCAUAUUGAUGAUGAGGAUGUGCGACGUGGAAAGAAACGGAAAAAGUUAAAACCCACCACAACUACAACAACAACAUUUCAUCUUAGUGAAGAUCCAGAGACACAAGUCGCAGCACUUGGCCCAGACUCGCUUAAUCCCAGCACACGUCCUAGUCUCAUACCGAACUCUGUGAAUUUACUGCCCGGCAAGGACAAGCGUGGAAGUGAACCCAUACUGCUGAAGGGUAGCUUUCUAACAAAUGAGGCUUUUCAGGCAUUGAAAACAGAAUUAGAUAUUGACCUUAUUGAAAACACUUUCGAUAAAUAUUUAAAUCGCGCUUUGCGUGAAGCGCUUAAAUAUCUCCCAGAAAAGAAAGCCGUAUCAAGCAAAAAAGUGAUUGAGAAAUCUGAAAAUCUUCCAUUUCAAACGCAAUCCAAAUUGCCACGCAAACUUUCAAAAUCAGCAACAAGAUUCGAUGUGCCGCUGGAUCCAAAAUUACUAGAAGAAAUGACAGUUUUAGAUUAUCUUGGAAAAUACGUUUGGGUCUCCAGUCAACGUAAGCAACUCUUUAAGCGUGUUUUCUUACAAUAUUUACCAACGGAAGUAAUAGAAACGGAAGAAACUGCCGAUGUUAAUUUUUCAAAACAAAACGGCAACGCCGAAGAUGAUUCCUUGCCGGUGUUAAAUGAGUAUGUCGAACGCAAAAUACCACUGGCUUGUUUUCCUGAAGCAUUGGCGGAUGUUUUAGAAUUUUACGGUACCGAAAAAAAUAUUUCGGAAAUCUUGCGAAUAAUAGAUUAUGAUAAGGAAAAAUCAGCAAGAGAAAUAGACUUUCGUACAUGGUGUGGCGUUGUAUCGUUUGCCGAACGUCUGGCCUUGGAAAAUCCCAAUAGCUCUGAUUCGAGUGAUGAGCUGGAAAAAGCCGAUUUUGGCAGUUUGGAAGAAAGAUUAGGAAAUUUCACAAUUCCUGAAAAGCUGCUAGAAGUUCUGAAAAUAAUUCGGUCAACACAUAAUGUAUAAAAUAUAAAGCCUUACCAUAAUUUUCAUGAUCC